GUUUGUUUUCAAGUAUACCCUGCACAGUUCAAGAUGGUUCCGACACCGGCCUAGAGGCAUCCGAUAAGGUUUGGGCCCCUUCAGUAGCCAUUCUGGCUCAAGUGUAUCGGCUCCAGAGCUCCAGAGCCGUUGCGCAACCAACACUCAUAACACCAACAUUCUGCCUUGUAUCAUCCACGCUCAUCUCCGCGCCUCCGCGGAAGCCCGCGCACAUGUCGGUGCAGACGUCCCUCAUCACGGUGCCCAUGUUGCAGAAGGUCACGAUUCUCAUGGGCGUCUUUCUGUUCACCUGCAGUGGCCCCACGGCUGCUGCCAUGAAGCUGUUGGACGUCCACAGGUUGGACGCCCGCGCGAACACGACGCAGCAGACCCCUGCGUGCGACGGAUCUGGGCUGAGCGCGACCGUGGUUCGGUUUGGUGAUGCUAACUACGACACCGCACGGAGCCAGUUUGCAACAAUCGGAGCUUCUUCGGCCACCGCCGACGAGAGGAUCCAGCCGCAAAUGAUUAUUUUCUGCACUGUUGACUCCCACGUGCAGGAAGCGGUUUCUCUCGCCGAGGUCUGUGGCUUCACGAUCUCCGUGCGGAGCGGUGGGCACAACUACGCCGCCUACUCUUCCUGUCCAGCGAGCAGUCCGCAGUGCAUUCAGGUGGACCUUUCCGGCAUGGAGACCUUCAGCUUGAACCAGACGACGGUGCCGGCGGAGGUCACCAUCGGGGCCGGGCUCACGUUGGAGCAGGUCUACGCGAGUCUGGCGCCCCACGGACUUGCCGUUCCAGGUGGCAUUUGCAAGACGGUUGGGGUCGGAGGACACUACCAGUCCAGCGCCGCUGGUUACUACGGGAGAGCUUUCGGCCUCGGUAUCGACGUGGUGAAGUCCUUCCGGAUCGUCAUGGCUGACGCACAGGUGCACACAGUGGACAAUGUCUCGGACCCAGAUCUGUAUUGGUCGGUGUUAGGGGGUGGGCCCGGCAGUUGGGGGGUCGUGCUGGACUACACGCUCGAGACCUUCGCGGAUGCGGACUACCCCAACUUCAAGACGUUUACGUUUCUGUAUCCGUACUCUCGCGCGAUGCUGCACGCCCUCGGUUCUGUGUAUACCAGUCAAUCGUCAGACACGCUGAUCGACAGGGAUGUGCUGAUCUUGUUCAUGGUGCAUCCAGGCAUCCUGUUCGGCAUUCCGGGGUCCACGGAUGAGCAUUACAUCAUGGUACGAUUUGUAUGGAUGGGCAUGGACAACGGUGCGUUGACUGGCUCUUUGUACGACGCGUAUGUGAAGCCUUGGGAGGACAUUCCGCACAUGACCUUGGCUCCUGUCAUGUCCAUGCCGAUUUCCGUGUUUCCUGGUGCCAUGGCGACGUCUUGGGAUUUGGGCCCCUUCAGAUACCAUAUUCACGCUUUUGGUAUGAAGUCGCAGCCUUCAACCGCAUUCUGGGAUGCCAUCGCAGACGAGGUGGACAUCCGCGUUGCAAUCCCGAACCUGUAUUUCUCUUGGCAGAUCAACCCCGCUGGUGGCCAAAUGGACAGGAACGCGGGCAAAAACGCUUACGUCGUCAGGUACGUCAAGAACUGGGUGGAUGAUUGGGUCUUCUUCUUAGGAGACGCUCUGGCUGAUGUGGCCGAGGAGCGAAUCGUGGCUUUCCGGGAGGCCACCGAACACUUCUGGGAGGAGGACAACGUCGCCCACAGCUGGAUGACCCCGGACACGCUCAUCAACAACACUCACAGUGGACCCGCGGACUUCGCCAUGAACGAGAGCUGGUUCGCGCGGCUGCAGGACGUGAAGACCAGGGUCGACCCCACCGACCUCUUCCACAUGGCGGUGACGAUACCCCCGAGGGCCUCGGCCAGCGCCGUGGGCGACCCGCACCUGCAGAACGUCCACGGCGAGCGCUUCGACCUGCUGCAGCCUGGCAGGCACACCCUGCUCGAGAUCCCGAGGCGCGCGGCCGCGGAGAGCGUGCUGCUGCUCGUCGAGGCGGAGGCGCGCCACGACGGCUCGGCGUGCGCGGACGUCUACUUCCGGGCGCUGAAUAUCACCGGGCAGUGGCCCGAGGCCAGGGCGAAGGGUGGUCUCCGCUUCCGCGCGCACGAUGAUACCCGCAGACCGUCCAAGUGGAUGAACUUCGCAGGCGUCAGCCUGAGGGUCGCGCACGGGCACACCACGCAGGGCGCCCGCUAUCUGAAUCUGUACGUCAAGCACCUCUCGAAGACCGGCUUCGCUAUCGGGGGGCUGCUCGGAGAGGACGACCACGAGAUGGCCUCGACCCCUUUGGAAUCGUGCCGGCGCAGCACUUCGCUCCUCUCGGCCGACACGAGCGCGCCUGCCGCCUCGACCGCAGAGGCAAGCCUUGAGUAGGCCCCUAGUACUUCUCGAGUGGCCCGCUCAGCGGACCAGCGAUUCUGCCUGGGUGGACGUUCCACGCAGACGCUCCUGUGCACUUUUGCCAAUCGGCGCAGAUGUAUCGGAGAUGGCCCCGGCUGUGGGAUCUCCGCAAUUAUCUAGAUGCUGAUCAGUUUUCUAGGUCCUUUUCUUAUAUGAACUUCCCAGCUGUUUCCUUGAGCUGUUUCCUGAAGUUCCCUUAUUAUAUCAACGGAGCCGUCGGGCGCUGCAACACGGCUUCCGCUGCGCCUCUUCCCCCAGGCGCUGCCCCAGCGCCCAAGCGUGCGGGGCAGCGCGCGGCGAGGGCGAGCCGACUUCGAGGGGCUGUGCCUCGCCGAGCCGCUCGCUGCGCCCGUGCGCGCCGCCGCCGAAAAAAAAAAGAUAUAGAGUCCGGGCCCC